AACAGCUACGUCACUGCUGUUAUCGUUGUAAUCAACAAAAAAAAAGAAGGAGAGGAAAGGAAAAUAAACCAAAUUGUGAACGCCGCCAGACUGGUGAAAAGUUCUCGCUUAGUUUGUAAUCAGCGCCCGACGACACUGCCAACAAUAAAUGCCACCACUGUGACCUUCGGGCGGGAGCAGGAGCACCGCUGCCAGAUCGAAAACAAAGGCCAAAACAAAGGGGCGCCCCCAGCCCAAAUCAGAAACAGAAAAAACAGAAACAGAAAGUCAUUGGCAGGCAAUUAAGUUGAAGAAACGGAGGCUUUAUUCUGGUCACCUGGUGUCCACCAGUUCCUCCUCCAUCCAAUCCACCCCCCCGCAGUGGGCAGUAGAUGCUGGUUGGACUCAGCGACCAGCUAGCGCGGAUCAUGGAGAGCGUCUUCGAGGCGUAUUUGGGCCCGGAGGGCGUCCUCGCCAGCGCAGUGGGCCAGGCGGUGGGCAGCGGCGAACCGGAGGACAUUCCGCGCCGGAACACCGACGUCUGGGUGCUGGGAAGGCGGUACAAUGCCAUACAGGAACUGGAGCUCAUCCGACGCGACAUUCAGUCGCGGCUGUGGUGCACCUACCGCCAUGGAUUCUCGCCGCUGGGCGAGGUGCAGCUCACAUCGGACAAGGGAUGGGGCUGCAUGCUCCGCUGUGGUCAGAUGGUGCUCGCCCAGGCCCUGAUUGACCUGCACUUGGGUCGCGACUGGUUCUGGACGCCGGAAUGUCGGGAUGCCACCUACCUCAAGAUCGUAAAGCGAUUCGAAGACGUGAGGAAUAGCUUCUAUUCCAUACACCAGAUCGCCCUGACGGGAGAGUCCCAAAAUAAGGCUGUUGGCGAGUGGCUGGGACCGAAUACAGUAGCCCAGAUUCUCAAGAAACUAGUGCGUUUCGAUGACUGGAGCUCUUUGGCAGUUCAUGUGGCCAUGGAUAGCACAGUGGUUCUGGAUGAUGUUUACUCCUCGUGUCGCGAGGGUGACAACUGGAAGCCACUGCUGCUCAUAAUCCCACUGCGCCUGGGCAUCACCGACAUUAACCCGCUUUAUGUGCCAGCUUUGAAGCGUUGCCUGGAGCUGGAUAGCAGUUGUGGCAUGAUUGGCGGUCGACCCAAUCAGGCGCUGUACUUUCUGGGCUAUGUGGACGACGAGGUCCUCUACCUGGAUCCCCAUACCACGCAAAGGACGGGCGUUGUGGGCCAGAAAACCGCGGCGGGAGAACAGGAAUACGACGAGACCUACCAUCAGAAGCAUGCAGCUCGCUUGAGCUUCUCCGCCAUGGAUCCCUCGCUGGCGGUUUGCUUCCUCUGCAAAACCAGUGACAGCUUCGAGGAGCUGCUGGCGAAAUUCAGGGACGAGGUGCUCAGCCUCUGCUCGCCGGCCCUCUUCGAGAUUAGCCAAACGCGCGCCGUCGAUUGGGACACAACGGAGGACAUCGACUGGCCCACCAUGCCCGACAUCGAUUGGCCAGCGGGCACCUCGGAUUCGGACUCCUUCGCCAUAGUUGAGGAGAGCGGUCGGGACGGCGACGCCGGCUGCAGCGGCACUAGUACCAGUGGCAGCGGCAAGAAAUCCAGUGAGAGUGCCUUCAUUUGAAGCGCCUGCGCCGCACCAAAAGCCGAACCGAUGAAGCCCAACCAGGCGAAAGUGGAGCAGCCGACGAUGAGAUGGACACGAGGAUGAGGAUGUGGAUGUGAAUGAGGAUGAGGAGUGUCUGCGAGGGGGAGCAGGAUUGUCGAGCCCCCACUGCGGAUGCUGCAAGUGCUGCGAAUGCAAUAAACUAAGGCUAAAGUGCAUAAUUAGACGAGUGGUUGAGAUUUAGUUUUUAGUAUGUUUACGAUUUACGAUUUGUACGAACGAAUGCGAUUCUUAGCGAUUCAUAAUGCUGCUUUAUUGUACGCGAUAUUGACAUUGACUCCACGGGAGACAAUUUGGCAAAAAGAACACAAACACACAAUCUCACACAGAGAGACACACACGCUUUUUUUGAUGAUGAUGAUCAAUUAAACAUUUUUAUGCAACCGUUGUACAUUGAAGACUCGAUGAGAUCGAUCGCUGCCUUAGUAGCCAAGUGUGUGUAUUUAUAUAUUCAUAUUCGUUUCGUAUAUUCAUCUGUAUAUGCUCAAAAAUGGACCAACAACUAAAUACAUAAUACUUGGACUAUA